UUUUCUCCAACUUUGCAAACAGCACAAACUCAGCCUCUAUCCCAAUGUGGGGAUAUUCUGGGUUACUUCAUGAGCUCAGCUCCAUGUACUGAAUGGAUAGUAUUGAUGAAGAAGCAUUAUCAAGCCAAAGCUAUUGAUUUUGCUCCUCUCUAAGUAGUCUGAAUGAGGUUGCACCUGUAGAAGAUAACAGGGAUAAACAAAAUGACCAUGAGCUAGCUAAAAGUAAUGAUUUCAGUUGGAACUCUAAAGCAUCUGUCUUCAAAUGUGUUAACCAAAAGAAGUCUCAUACUAGUUUGUAUGAGAAAGAAACUUUUUCAGAAGACAGUGAGGAAUACAAAAGUGGAGCACAAAUGCCAAAGAAACGCAAGCGCAAGACUAAGGAGCUUAAUAUCAGGAAAAAACUUACGACUUUGAGGUCAAGAAUCCUUAGUAAUCGUGUGGCUGAGUUUAAUUCUUCCUAUAAGAAAGCUAAGAGUGCAAAUAGAAAGAGUCUUAAGAGAAGGUCGAAGUAUAUUGGAGUAUCUAAAAACAACUCUAAUUGGCAAGCCCUCAUUAAUAUUGGGCAAAUUAAAAAGUACAUUGGAACUUUUUCAAAUGAAUUGCAAGGAGCUAGAGCAUAUGACUUGUAUUCAGUCGCAUUAAGAGGUGAAGAAGGAGCACUCAACUUUGAUUAUAGUGCUCAGGAUAUGCUUGAAAGAAUUGAUUAUUUCCUUAAGCACAAGAGUGUUAAAUUUGAUUAA